AUGACGUCAUCAGAGGCGGUCGGGCCCAGUCGGCCUCUCCUCCCGCGUCGCCUGACGUCAAUGAGCGGCCGGAAGCGCCCACACCUCCGCCCGGACGCCGAGCCGGACCCGGACCUGCCAGGGGGCGGCCUGCAUCGCUGUCUGGCCUGCGCGAGGUACUUCAUCGAUUCCGCCAACCUGAAGACCCAUUUCCGAUCCAAAGACCACAAGAAAAGGCUGAAGCAGCUGAGCGUCGAGCCCUACAGUCAGGAAGAGGCGGAGAGGGCAGCGGGAAUGGGAUCCUAUGUGCCCCCCAAGCGACUGGCAGUGCCCACAGAAGUGUCCACUGAGGUCCCUGAGAUGGACACGUCUACCUGACACGGCCUGAGGAUGCAGGGCAGAGAGGAGUUGUCCAUGGACAGUGUGACGCAAGGACUAGGCUGGGAGAGAGCGUACUAACCUCUUUUGGCCGUGGAUUUGGGGAGUGGAUGACCUUUCUGGGUGCCAUGCCCCCCAAUAAAGGAACUAGACGAAGAG